UCGUAGUUCGGUCUUUCUUUACGGUGUUAUUGCUGUUGAAGGUGCUCUGUUCUCUUUUGGGCUAAGGUCGAUUUAUAUCGGCGACGUGCAUCGUUCAUUUUGACCAUCGAUUCUUGAAUCUCACACAUACACUUUUACUAUGACGUCUACUUCAGAACUUGCAUGCGUUUACGCUGCUUUGAUCCUCACAGAUGAUGAAAUUGAAAUAACCGCUGACAAAAUCACCACUCUUACCAGUGCUGCCAAUGUAACAGUGGAGUCAUAUUGGCCCGGCCUUUUUGCAAAAGCUCUUGACGGUAUUGAUGUGAAAUCACUGAUCAGUAAUGUUGGUGCUGGAGGUGGAGGUGCAGCGGCAGGUGGUGGAGGUGCUGCAGCGGCAGAGGCGGUGCUGAGGAAGCUAAAGUGGAAGAAAAGAAAGAAGAGUCUGAAGAAGAAUCCGAUGAUGACAUGGGAUUCGGACUGUUUGAUUAAAUAAUAACUGAAGAAAUAAAAGAAUCGACAGCGCAAA